UUAUUUUCUUCAGUCUCUUCCUUAUCUGAAAAAUAUAAAUAAAAUAGAAAAACAAAUACUAAAUCUCUCUCCACUUACAUUGGACUGUUCAUCAUCAUUCAUCGUCUCUCCCAAGAAAAAAAAGAAAAGAAAAAAGAAACCAUGAAAAUGAAGAAGAAAGGAAAAGUUUACCCAUCUCCACCACCUCCUCUUCCAUCAUCAUCAUCUUCAACUACCCAUCUCAACAAUGAUGAAGAUGAUGAUUCUUCUCUCUCUGUUUUGAAGCUUUUACCAGCGACGAUUUUGGUUCUGGUGUCAGUUCUAUCAGCUGAAGACAGACAAGUUCUUGCUUACCUAAUCACAAGAGGAACCACCAUUUCCGAUAGAGAAGGAGGAAGCUCCUCUUCGGCUAAGAAGAAGAAGAGCAGCAGCAACAGAAACAACAAAUCUAGCAAGAAACACAAACCACCAGUAUUCGAUUGUGAGUGUUUCGAUUGUUACACUAACUACUGGUUCCGUUGGGAUUCGUCUCCGAACCGUGAGUUUAUCCAUGAAAUCAUCGAAGCUUUCGAGAACCAUCAUCUCACUGCUGGUGGUGAAGAUGGUAACUCUGCUGCUUCUUCUCGCAACAAAUCUAAGAGAGGUAAGAAGAAAGAGAAACCGGGUCGCCGGGUCACUGAUUCGGAUAAACCGGGUGGUCUUCGGGUCAGUGAUGAUGAUAAGGAGGAGCCAAUGACCGAAGAUUCCACUGUUGUUUCCGAGAGCCAACACGUGUCGUCAUCAUCACCAGAUAGAUUGAGUGAUGAAGCUGAGGUGGGGGAAAGAGAUGAGCCGGAGAAGGAUGAAGUUGUUCAAGAAGAAUCGACGGUGGUGGUUUAUCCGACGGCGGCGGCGGGGAGUGUGACGGGACACAAGGGCUUAGCGAGGAAGGUAUUGCCGGACGUGUUGGGUUUGUUCAAUUCCAAUUUUUGGAGGCUUUGGAAUCCGAACGCGUAAACAAAAGCAUCAUCGGCAAAAAAAAUAAAAAAAAGUUAUGCUUUUUUCAAUUUUCUGUUGUUGUUUGUGCUGCUAUUUUCAGAAAAUAAAAAUAAUCUCAAUCUUCAUAUGCUUUUUUAUUUUCUUUUCUCUUAAAAGAUAGUAUGACUUUGGGUUA